AUGAAUCGACAGCGUGCAGCCGAGAAGGCUUUACAUGAUCAAACGAAUAUUCUGCCGUUUGGGCAGCUUAUGGUUGUCUUCUCUAGCCUAGCAACCUCACUAGUGAUUACUUUCGUGGACCAAAAUGGUAUUAGUGUCACUUUACCGACUAUUGCGCGAGACUUAGGCGCUCAGGAUACAAUCUCAUGGGCUGGGACUUCAUCUUUAAUUGCCAACACUAUGUUUACAGUGCUCUAUGGUCGACUUUCCGAUAUCUUCGGCCGAAAGAUUGUUUAUAUUUCCGCGUUGAUCUUGCUAUGCAUUGCAGACUUGCUAUGUGGUCUCUCGCAAGACCCAGCGAUGUUUUAUGUGUUCAGAGGCUUGGCUGGUGUUGCUGGCGGUGGUGUAACAUCUCUCACAAUGAUCAUAGUCUCAGAUGUGGUCACCCUUGAACAGCGUGGAAAAUACCAGGGGAUCUUGGGAGCGUCCCUUGGCGUGGGAAAUAUUAUUGGACCAUUUAUUGCAGCUGCAUUCAUCAUGCGAUCAACAUGGCGGGGCUUUUUCUGGAUGAUUUCUCCACUGGCCGCCAUCUCUGCUGUCAUCGGAUACUUUCUCAUCCCAAAUAAUGCAAAGAAGGAUGCGUUCCGGAAAAAUAUAUGCCGUAUCGACUGGUUCGGUGUGCUCGCUUCGUCAAUUGGAAUCAUUUUCAUUUUAAUUCCUGUCUCUGGUGGUGGAUCUUAUUUCCCAUGGGACUCUGCCAUGGUUAUCAGUAUGCUUGUCAUUGGUGCCUGCGCCUUCAUUGCAUUUGUUUUUAUUGAAUGGAAAGUCGCUGCUUUGCCCAUGCUUCCCAUGGUCUUUUUUAAGAACAAAGUCAUUGUGGCCCUACUAUUGCAGAGUUUGCUACUUGGUGCAGUAUAUCAGUCCUAUCUCUACUACCUACCCUUGUACUAUCAGAAUGCACGUGGCUGGUCUCCUAUUGUGUCUGCAGCCUUGACAGCACCAAUGGUGGCUUGCCAAUCGAUCGCUUCAAUUUGCUCUGGACAAUAUAUCUCUCGCCUCAAGCGUUAUGGGGAGAUUAUUUGGGUUGGGUUUGGCCUCUGGACUCUGGGUGCUGGGCUAAUGCUCUUAUUUGACCGUCACACCCACCCUGCUGUGAUCGCAGUCUGUGUCGGGGUUGCUGGUACAGGAAUUGGCUUUACAUUCCAACCAACUCUUGUGGCAUUACAGGCACACUGCACCAAGUCCCAGCGUGCUGUGUCUAUUUCCAACCGAAAUUUCUUCCGGUGCAUGGGCGGAGCCUGUGGGCUUGCCAUUUCGGCUGCACUUUUACAGGCAACUCUUCGUUCACACCUCCCAACUGAGCUCUCAUAUCUCGCACACUCAUCAUACUCACUACCAUCUCGGUCCUCUGUCACGGAUUUGCAAUGGGCCCAGAUACUGCUUGCUUAUACCAAAGCUUCGCAUGCAGUCUUCAUUCUACAGGUUCCUUUGAUUGGCAUAUGCUUCCUUGCCUGCGCUUUUGUUCGUGACCGUGGCUUAGAGCGACCAAAAGAACCCGAAGAGAUUGAAGACGAAAAGCGAAAGGCUGAACAGGCCAUAAGAGACCCAGAAGCUGGAUUGCCUGAAUCCCUGCCGGAACAGCGCGAAGCCAACGAGCCCGAGAAAACCGCGGAGAAACGAACAUCUAUGUCAACUCUCGCUGAAUCAUCUAUGCCUCCUUCUCGCGCAGAGCCGGAGCUGUUAGGCUUCGAAGAAAAGAAAAGUGCGGAACAAAAAUAA